AUGCAAUCAGGUCAUCCUAGUCAACCUCGACUAUCCAUUUUCUAUGGGGAAAGUGCCACUAAAGGUGAAGCAGAUUAUGACCAGUGGUGCUACGAAGUAAAAAGUUUAUUGCAUGAUGAGAUCUAUAAAGAGGAAGUUAUUAUGCAAGCAAUUAGAAGGUCAGUCAGAGGUGAAGCUAGCAGAAUCUUGAUGAGAUUGGAACCUGGUGUUAGAAUUAAGGCUGUUUUAGAGAAAUUUGAGAGUGUAUAUGGUACAGUUGAUACAAAAGAGGAAUUACUUGCAAAAUUUUACAGCGCUAAGCAAGAACAGACUGAAGAUGUUACUUCAUGGUCAUGUAGACUGGAAUACAUUUUAAGGAAACUUGUUAAACAAGGGUUGAUAGGGAGUUACGGAUCGGAUGAGAUGUUGAAGUCCAAAUUUUGGUCUGGUCUUCGACAAGAGUUGAAAGAUAUAUCUGGUUUCAAAUAUGAAAUGAUUGCAGAUUUUGACAAGUUGAGAGUAGAACUGAGAAAAAUUGAGAGAGAACAUAAAGUCCCAGUAGCAGAAAAAGGGUCUAGGAAAGCAUUAAAUGCUCAACAGAGUGUGACUGACAGUGCAAGUACUAGCAAAGAUUCAGAAGUAUCCGAGCUCAAGUAUUUAGUACAGGAUAUGUCGAUGACGAUGAAAGCUAUGGGUAAGGAGAUUUCAGAUCUUAAACAACAAACAUAUCACCACCAACCAAAUAGAAACAAGUCUUCAGGAAGAGGUCGAUCUAGGAAUAAGCAGAAUUACAAUUCAGAUUUCUCAAAAGAUUCUAAUCAGGACAGAGGGCAUGGUUCUGAGCAGAAUUUAGGACCUCAAUGUUAUAGAUGUAAGCAAUAUAGGCAUUUUAAAUGGCAGUGCACAGUCAGACUAGAUCAUUGA